UUUAGAUAAGAAUCAUCAGUUUUAACAAAUCCAAAUUCGUUUGAAUUAGGAAAAAUACGUAUUAUCCAAAAAUUUCAACUACAUUCAUUAAUGAUUAACAAGUGUUGUUCGAACGCAAACAUUUAGUUCAUUUAGUUUGUGUUUAGCUUAUUUUACAAAAAAUAUGCUUCUUUUUGAUUUACCAAAAACCGAACAAGAAGCGAUUUUAUUUUUACAAGAACGAAAUAUUUUACCCAAAGAACAAAAAUGUAGCAAUGGUCAUAAUAUGAAACUGUAUAUCAGUAAACGAAUAUUUUGGAAAUGUAAUUUAAGACAAUGUAAUCAACAAAUUGGAAUCAGAAAAGAUAAUUGGUUUGAUGGGAGUAAAAUUUCAUUUUGUACCGCUUUAAGAUUCAUAUAUUGUUGGUGUGAAAAAUUAACAUCGAUUAAAUUCUGUAAAAAGCAAUUAGGUUUAUCGGACAAAACAGCAAUCGAUUGGAAUAAUAGUAUGCGUGAAUUAUGUGUAUUGGAUAUGGAAAAUAAUUCGAUUAAAAAAAAGAUAGGUGGGCCAGGAUGUAUUGUCGAAAUUGAUGAAAGUUUAUUCAUCAAACGUAAAAAUAAUUCUGGUCGAAUAUUGCCCGAACAAUGGGUACUUGGUGGCAUAUGUAGAGAAACAAAAGAUUCAUUUAUUGUUACUAUUCCAAAUAGAAAUGGAUCUACCAUUCUAACAAAAAUUAUUGAAAACAUUGAAGAUGGAACAACUAUUUAUUCGGAAAAGAAAAGCUUGAAUCAAAGCUUCCAACAAGCACAAAUCAAUCAUAAAUAUAAUUUUAUUGAUUCUGAAACACCUGGACAAACAAUACAUACAAAUACCGUAAAACGAAUGUGGGGAAGUGUUAAAUGGAGAAACAAAAAUCAUAGGGGAACCGCUAGACAACAUGUAGAAUCUUAUAUAUCAGAAUUUAUAUGGCGUCAGUAUAAUAUGAAACAAAAUCGAGAUUGUUUCGAAUCUAUAUUAAAUUGCAUAUCAACCAAUUUUCCAUUCAAAUCCAAUUGAUUACUUUAAUCUUUAAUCUUUGUGUUUUUUAAUA